AUUGUUAAAUGUUAGAAAUGUCAAAAUGAUGUUAAGACUUAAGAUGUGAAAUCCAUCUUUGGGUCAUUUGAACUGAUAACAAAACAUUAUCACAUAUUGAAAAGUGACUUGGUGUUGUGGAUGUGACUUGACUUUUGGGUUUGUUUUGUGUUCUUGAAACCGGCAAAAGAAACGCCCUCUUUCUACGAAUCAUCCGUAUAUGAUACUAUCGACUUAAAUAAAUAAUAAAACUAAUCAAAAUGGAUGAAGAUAUGCGACUCUUUAUUAGUGAUUGGUUGAAAGAUGCACAAAAUGACGGAUGGAGCAAAGCUUUGUCAUCCAACUCUGACAUGAUGGAAGCUAUCUUUAGCCUCAUUGAAGAAUGGAAAAGCAAUAAAGACUUAUUCAACAUUCUUUGUAUACGCCUCUUUGGGUACUACCGUGAAAGCAAUACGGAAUCAAAAGUGUUCUCAUUGCAAUUUGUCCCUAGUCUCAUCUAUUCUUAUUUAAGUGCAAUUGCACAAGGAGAACGAAAGGAUGCAGGAAGUAUGCAAACAUUUUUGUUAGCAAUAUACAAUUUGGAGGCUGGUGGAGAAGCCCAAAGUCCCAAGACCCAUUCUUUCAGAGUACCAAACAUUGCACAGCCUUCUAUCUACCAUGAUACUUCAGCCAUAGCCUCAUCUUCCCUGACAGAGUCUGCUUUAAAGAGGCUAGAUCCAACCAACCGAAUUACGGUCAAAUUUGGUCCCCACCCACACUUGAACAGCUUCAAUGCUGAGAACCGCCUUCCCGCUAUGGCCGCCUUAUUACGCAUUUACUCCAACUACCUAUCUAUGUAUUCGAAGAGCACUUUAUCCGAAACUUGCAUGGCCUUUCGUCGGUUGGUAGCUCAGGGCUACACGCGUAAUUCCGAAGGCUCGCCGCGAAUUCCAUUGUCCUCAAAUUUAUUGGUCGAAAUGCUCCAUCUGAUCUACUCACUGACCAUGGAAGAUGAGGACCUUGCUAGUGCAGCCAGACAAACGCUAGAAGCUGUGCAACGUCGAGUAGAAAUGGAGUUGAUGGCUGCACCAAUCUUAGUGAGUGCCGCCAUGGCCGAUUCGUCUCAUCUUAGCAUUAGAGGUGAACAUAGUUCGCCCCAAUUAAUGAGCACCGGCGCAAACGGUGGCUCAGCUCGAGCAAUGUGGAAAUCCAUGAUAACGAACGCUUCAUUCCGAACCAAAAAACUACCGGACGAUAUUACGGUUGCACAGGUAGCAGAGGCCGCUGCGGCUGCAGCAGCUGCUGCCGCGGCUACUCCAGCAUCGUCAUCUCAAUACCAGACUUCACCGGCAAUUCACUUAGGAGCCAUCACGGAAGAGAAUGAUGAACCGAGCAGUGGAGGCGGAGGCAAAAGCAGUUUCCGACUAUCGGAGCUCGUCAAAAAGAAGAGCAAGCCAAAACCGGCAAGAAAUAAGGCUAAUAAUAACGGUGGUGUCAUUCAAGACGGCCAUCACGCGGCUGAAAGUAACGGUGUCAUAUCCAGUUCUACUGACCGAAACAGCGACAGUGAAACUAAAGAAGAAGCAGAGCUGCGCCGGCGCAGCAGCGAAUUCAAUGGAACUCAGGUUUAAUGCCUCGAGCUUACUCCUAGCAGGAAUAAACAACAACCAGUCAAGUCGACGUAUCAAACAUGAACUUUCAUUCCACACAUACUGACCAUCGGCAUGAGUCCAGGUGGACGCUGAAACAGUUCUAGGACCACAGUCAUUGAAUGAAAUUAUCUGCUUUGCUUUCUUCUUCUUCCUUCCCCCCCAAAUCUCCAACUGUUUUUCCCCUCUCGUUGUUCUUGGCCUUUUUCCAUGGCGCCUGGCGUCUUCUUUGUUCCAGUUGUCCGUGCCAUUAGACUGUCUUCAUCUUAAUACCUCAGUAUAGUAGUUACAGACCAGUGUGUAGAGAAGUCAUCUGGCGGUUUUGGUUCAGGGAAUUUAUCAAGAGUGGUGUGUUGAGGUUGUGAUUCCAAACCAUUAGGACAAAUUAAGAGGAAAGAAUACGAUUGCGCCUGGUCUAGCGGUUGAGAGGGAGUUGAAGACACGCUAGUUCCGACAUAUUGUAACGAUUCCUUUAAAGUGAAUAACUUGGCACAUCAAACAAUUUCCUUUUAGAAUUGAAAAUUCCCAUCUGUAUUUCAUAAUUGUAAAAGCGAAAGAAAUGUUUUGCAUUUCGUGUUUUAGGGAUACCUUUUUAAGUAAAAUUUCUUUCGGCUAUUAAAAUAACUUUUUCCUAUUUCUUCCCUUGUUACUGUUAACUUCUCCCUACAUGAUAGUUCUCCAAUUAUAGUAAAAUGGUCGGUGUUGUUAUUUAUCGCACUCGCGUGUACAUGUUGUUCUUUUAAAAAGAAAAUCUCCAACGAUGGAUGCAAGGAAGAAGCAUAGACAGCCCCUCCCUUUUUAAAAUAACUGUUUGUACCUGCAGGUGUGUGCAAAAUAGAUUACUGUACAGAGCA